UGCUGUACUGUGCAGGAGCAGUAGACGUCCUGCAGGGAUCCCCAGGAUUAUACAGACUGCUGUUUACAUGGCUGACAGACUGGAGUAACUUGGUGAACGGUGCUGCAAACACUCUGUGAUUAUCCAGCAAGUGUCCCAGGGCACUAAUCGCGAUAUAAUGGAGCAAGAAUUUGAAGACAUUGAUUCGUCCGGAAGAUGGCAAAACCUUUUCAAUGAAAUCCGUAACCAAGCUAGUGUAUAUCCAUACAAAGUGGCAAAACUCGCAGAGAAUCGGAGUUUGAACCGCUACAGAGAUGUCAGCCCAUACGAUCACAGUCGAGUAAAACUUGAAAACUCGGAAAAUGACUACAUCAAUGCAAGUUUAGUCAUGAUGGAGGAAGCCCAAAGAGCUUACAUUCUUUCUCAGGGGCCUUUGAGGAAUACCUGUGGUCAUUUCUGGCUGAUGGUUUGGGAGCAAUGUUCCAAAGCUGUUAUAAUGCUCAACAGAGUCAUUGAAAAGGGAUCUGAAAAGUGUGCACAGUACUGGCCUACCAGAGAGGAGCUACAGAUGUCUUUCCCAGAUACAGGGUUUGUUGUCAGGCUGCUCUCAGAGGAGGACCAAUCCUAUUACACAAUCCGAGUGCUAGAACUGCAAAACACAAAGACAGGGGAAUUCAGGGAGAUCUACCACUUUCACUACACCACGUGGCCUGACUUUGGCGUCCCAGAAUCUCCUGCCUCCUUCCUCAACUUCCUCUUAAAGGUUCGGGAGUCUGGCUCGCUGAGCUCAGAGCACGGGCCCUCAGUGGUGCACUGCAGCGCUGGGAUUGGACGCUCAGGGACCUUCGCCUUGGUGGACACCUGCCUGGUCCUGAUGGACAAGAGGAGGAAUCCAUCAUCAGUGGACAUACAGAAGGUGCUACUGGACAUGAGGGAAUACCGUAUGGGCCUGAUCCAGACCCCCGACCAGCUCCGCUUCUCCUACAUGGCUGUCAUUGAGGGAGCCAAGCUUAUCGUGACAGACAACUCAGCUGCACAGCAAAACAAGCUGCAAGUGCUGCCCAGACCUGCCCCCUCCUUGGAGCCAGAUCUGCCCCCUCCGCCUCCACCCAGACCUCACCUCAACGACAGCAGGCCCAAUGGCCAGCCAGCACCCUGUGUGGAGCUGGAAGCCGACUCAGGAGACCACCUGCUGGCGUCAGAGUCAAGCAGCCAAGACCACAACAUGACUGAGCACUCUGGGCUCAUCAGAAAGCGACACCGUGAGGAGAGGAUUGCCUGCACCGCACAGAAGGUCCAGCAGAUCAAACAGAGACUGACCGACUCGGAGAGGAAACGAGAGAAGUGGCUGUACUGGAGGCCCCUCCUGCUCAACAUCGGUGCCGGGGCAGCUUUGGCUGUUGGCCUGCUGGUUUGCUGGAUGUAUUCAGAGUGACACACACUCUGGGUCUCUUAAAACUGACUCUUACUUUGCACCAGUACCUGGGGUUAGGUACUUCUCUAAGCAGAUUUAGAUGAUAAGAUGUGCAUAACUGAGGGUAUUUAUUUCUUUAAGGUCAAAAUGCAGGAGCGCUAGAUCAAAUGAGUGUGUGUAUAUUUUUCAUGUAAGAUCUUAACAAAAAUAGUAACAUCUCAGGUUCAUGGUGCCAGCACGAUGAUUUAAUUUCCUUUCCUCCUCGUCACUGUUGAUGAAUGUACUGUAUCAUAGCAGAUUGCUUCGAAAGAAACUUACUAAAGGUGCAGUACAAAGAAAAAUAAUAUUCUGACAGGUUUAUUUUUGCAUUCUUUAUUUGUAAUGGUCAGAUGUUUGUCGAUCAUCUGUGGACAUGUUUUACAUUUUGCAUUUCAAAAUAGAUAUGUAGGAAGAUUCCACACCGUAGAGUUCACAGUCAGCUAUGUUUUUUUUGUUGAGUUUUUUUCUGUAAUGAAAUUUGCAUUUCAUGCAUGCAUUUAGAGGGUUACCAGAGAACCACUUGUUCUUCCAUUCACAUUUAGCAGGGCAUCCCAGGGUUGGUUAGGUAGGUUGGUAGGUUUCAGACCCUGCUACAAUGUUAACAUUUCAUUUUCUGUUAAAUCAGCACAUUGUUUUCCUUACGUUUUGGUUGUCACAUGGAUCAUAGUGGCUGUCCGGUCCCUAACAGCUUAAUGUGUGUAUUCACCCACUGGAUGGGUUCAUGUGUGUUCAGGUUAUCCUACUUUAGGAAACCAAAGCAAAGCUGUCCAUUCUGGGUUUUUUUUUUUUUUCUUUCUUUUUUUUAAAUACCAGCCAAGCAAGCUGUUAAAUUGUACUCCCUUUAUGUGGAAUGUUUUUUUUUUCUUUUGGAUCUUUGACAUAACUGACACUUGCAGUACAAAAUCAUACUAGUCAUAGCACCUUUGCAUUGCACGUGACUUUUUAAUUUGAACCUAUACUAUCACCAAAUUGGUUUUCAACUCACUGGGACCAAUCUACAGCGAUAAUAGUGCAAUUUGGAAGCUGGAGCAGAGCACCUUGAAUUGAUUUCUAAGUUAGAAGAGAAUGAUAGCCAACAUGUCUGAACCCAUUUGUUUGCUGGUUUGAGAAGUUUUUAAUGUGCCUUGAAGUGAGUUAAAUGGAAAAAUGUGUGCUCCAAGGUUUUCUAGCAUGAUCAGUACAAAAAAAUUCAUGUGAGCUGUUGUUUUCCAGGUAGCAUGAAUAACAUUACACUGACCGGUUUGUAGUAACAGGUGUGAUACGAUAAAUAGUAUCAGAGUUGCGUGCACACCAAAUGUGACAUUUACCGUAGCUUGUACUGACUCCUGAGAUGAAAUGAUGCUUUGAUGAUUGGCUGGUUGCCGCUGUUUGACAAGGCUUUUACUCAGUGUUCAUUUAACCCAGAAAAGAUAUGUUUGACCAUAACAUUCCAUUCGUUCUUGUUUUCCACAUAAGAUUUCAGGGGAGUUUUGUACAUUGCUGAGCUGUAAUAAGAACAUGAUGGAUAGUGUUUUGAAAAAAAAAAGCAAACAUGAUAUACUGAUUAAAAUAAAAUCUCUUUUUU